GUCUCCGGCGGUAACAAACCACGAAUCACGCCGCGACGCGACGCACCGUGCCGUCGAGCCUUCUAUCACCGUGACAACGAUCUAUCGAUCGGUUUGGCGCCGUUGUGCUUCCACCGGAAGUGCUUCGCUUCGCAAGUGUGUGACGCGCGCGUGACGUGCUUACACGACAGCCUGAUAAUCGAUUCCUCCCCGGGUGGCGGCGCCCGGGAUUAGCUAUCGACCGGCCGGUCUGUCGGGGCGCGUCGCCGUGUUACGUGAUAAUACUGUGUGACCUUCCUGAGGCUUGAGUUGCUGUGUGCGUGUGUGCAUGUGUGUCUGGUCGUCGUAAAGCGGACCUACGUGCGUCCGGAUAGUGCAUCGGAACCGGGAACCGGGAACCGGUGCUGGCGGUAACAGUAAUGUGAGAUUAAGCCGCACAUGCGUACCUCCCGGUAGUGAGACGUGCCUUUGGGGUGUACUUCCGGUCACCUAUCUUUGGCCUCGGUUCAAACACACCAACACACGGGUUCGAUCAUCAUCGCCAUCAUCAUCGGUACUCGUGGUGCGUUCGAUUACUAACUGCGCAACGUGUGUUCGUCAUCGUUCGGCGACGUGUUCGCGUUCUUAUCAUCAGCCGCCAGCAUUUUGCAGUUUUGCACCACAAUCAGCAUCAGAGCAGCUCCCCGUGUCCCGUGCCCCCCUCUAACCUGUUGAACUUUAGGGUUUCCUCUUCAAGUGGCGCUGCUGCAAAUCAUAACCGACCGGGGCCGAGUUUCCCCACCCCAUGCCGUUUGCGUGAUUAAUGGUGGAAAAGCCCAUCGAGCGUUGGGUGAUUCUUGGAGGUGGAGUGGGCGCCAACCGCCGACACCAGUGCAGACGACGGUGUCUCGGGUGCAAAUUAGUUUAAAUUGAAGUGUGCCUCCAGCAAAACGGGUUCCAAGCGGGCAUCGCGACCUCUUACGCCAACUGGAACGCCACUCGUACUCGACGCGGCGACUGGAGGCGUGUGUGGAGGACAGCGUGCGUGUGUGUUUGCCUCGAACCAGAUACCAUCUGCCAGGGGAAAGCAAUUCCGCGCACUGGAACCCCUCUUCAGAAGUAGAGUGAAGACAAGUGGAACGCGGCCACCGUCACCGGUAUCGACGUAGACGCGCGAUGCCCACACGAAGAUGAAGGUGCCGGAGAAGAAGGCGUUCGGGUUUCUGCUGAUCAUCGCGUUCGGUGCCCUGCUGGUCCUGUGGAACAACGUGUACCUGCUACACCUGACACCCGGCCGGCGUAAGGUGGUGAUGACCGAUGGGGACGAUCCGACGGAACUGAAUCUCACCGUCAGCCUGGCGCUGCUGUUCGAUCGUUGGCACCGGUGGAUCGGGCACCUAUCGUCACCGGCCACCGGCGAACCGUUCGAGCGUCACCAUUUCAAUCUCACGGCCAGCGAUCGGCUCGGGAUCGAUCGAACCGUUCCGGAUACGCGCCAUCCCAACUGCCAGGAGCUUAGCUACCUCACGACCCCGGGCCAUACCACAUCUGUGAUAAUAACGUUCCACAAUGAAGCCACUUCCACGCUGUUGCGUACCGUCGCGAGCGUACUACAGCGCACUCCUCACGAUCUGUUGCGCGAAAUCAUUCUCAUCGACGACUGCAGCGAGCUUGACGACAUCAGCAACGGUGGUUCCUCGUCCAGAGAAUCGACGCAAUGGGUCGACGCGUCGGACAAUCUGUUGCACGAUACCAACCCGGGCCUUGGUGGGCUCUUUGCUAAUAUUCCUCUAGUGCGGUACUACCGGAACUCGAUACGGCAAGGUCUCAUCCGAUCCCGUAACAUUGGAGCAACGUACGCGACCGGUCAGUACGUAAUGUUCCUCGAUAGUCACUGUGAGGUGAACCGUGGUUGGCUGGAACCGCUGCUCGAUCGGUUACAGCUCGAUCCGACCGGACUGCUGAGCCCUGUGAUAGACAUUAUCGAUGCGGAGACGUUCGGGUACCGGGCAAACAGUGCCCGGUUGCGGGGUGGCUUCGAUUGGAGCCUUCACUUCCGCUGGUUACCGAUCGCAGAGGAAGAGCUGGAACACCGGCGGCACGACGAAUCCCAACCAUUCUACAGUCCGGCCAUCUCGGGCGGCAUUUUCAUCGUAGCGAAAUCCCUAUUCGAACAGCUCGGUGGAUUCGAUCCGGGUAUGGACAUUUGGGGUGGCGAAUCGCUCGAGAUGUCCCUGAAGGCGUGGCUAUGUGGUGCCCACGUAGAGGUGGUUCCCUGCUCACGAAUAGGCCACGUGUUCCGACGGAAGCACCCGUUCAGCUUUCCUCCCGAUGGUAGCCAUCUCACGUAUCUACGCAACACGAAACGUGUAGCGCUGGUGUGGAUGGAUGAGUUUAAGAACUUUUUCUACGAUGUCCGCCCGGAAGCGAUCGCGAUCGAUGCCGGGUCGGUGCGAGCGCAAAAGGAACUGCGCCAGAAGCUGAGCUGUCGCCGGUUUAGCUGGUAUCUACAGAACGUGUUUCUCGAUUUAAAGCUACCGAAUGAGAACAGUGUAGCGUUCGGGCAGCUACGCCACGGUGACCGUUGCCUCGGUCUGCUCGAACCAUCGGCUCGAUCGGUGGUCCAUCGCCGACAACGAUCCGAUGCUUCGGCACGGAGGCGCGCAAAUGAGGUCACACUGGUCGAAUGUUCAUCGGAACCGGCCGAUGCGGAUGGAACGGAGCGCUGGGCACUUCAGAAAACCAGUGGCCAGCUGCGUACCGAACGUGGGAUCUGUCUGACGGUUCGGAACGGGUAUGUGUUAAGUGAACGGUGUCACGGAACCACGGCAGCUACGAGUAGCGGGAACGAUGCACAACGAUGGCAACGCCAGGGGGGCACACUCGUGCACCGGCACAGUGGCCUAUGUUUGGAGAGCUUGAUCAAGAGUGAUGUUGGGGCUUCCAAGUGUCGCCGAGGUGCACCGUCGCAGCUUUGGAGCUUCUCCGUCGAAGUGCAGCAGCUCGCCUAGCAGCGGGUCCUGGCAAGGAAACACAGCCGCAAACCAAAAUCUGGGCAAAUAAAUCCACAACAUUCCCAACAACACCCGCCAAUGGCCAAUACAUACAAAAAAAAAUUUCUUCUUUUCUUCUCAAUCGGUGCUCGAGUUGUGAUAACGAUAUUUUUAAUUGAAAGGUAGUAUAGUUGUGGUUGACUAUAGCAAACAUUCAGAGAAAUACUGGUCCGCUAUUCCCACGAGUAUUGUUGUUAUCUUCGUUAUUCCACGAAUGUUAU